CGCACAUCAGUUUCAACAGCUCCAAACCACCAUUAAAAAGGUCUUUCCUUUGCUUCAUGAGGACGACGGGACCCGAAGACCCCGAGGUUUCGUAGAAGGAAAACCAAAACCCUCCUUCAAUAUCCAGUUUUGCUUCUUCCUGAACACAUCAAAACCCUAAUCCAUGGCGGAGAGGCCCACCGCAGAUCCCUUUUCGACGCUGAUUGAACCCUCAUGUAACUCCAUUCUAUUUCAUCCGGAUCUCGUGCCGGACGAUCACCGAGUGCUUCAAGGGGGGUUUCAAUCCGAGCUCCCCCUCGAACUCGAUUUCGAUCUCGAUGACAUCAAUUGGGACCUCUCCGUCGACGAUCUUCUCAUUUCAGAGUGUCAGGGAGAGCUUUCCCCACCUUUUCCUCCAUCGUGCGAUGGAUCGCCGACGCAGAACUCGGGCGUAUCGUCCUCCUCCCCUGUGGCCGGACAUGCGUCGGGUAACAUGAGCGUGAGGUCGCCGGAAUCGGGACACUCAGCUAAUUACUCUGCGGACUCUGUUGGGCGGUUGGGGGGUCAAGAGGAAGAACGAGAGGGAGAGGAGGAGAAGAGGAGCGCGAGGCUUAUGAGAAACAGGGAAAGCGCCCAGCUAUCGAGGCAAAGGAAGAAGCAUUAUGUGGAAGAACUGGAGGAGAAGGUUCGGUCCAUGCACUCCACGAUUAUCAAAUUGAACAGCAAAAUAUCGUUUUUCAUGACCGAAAAUGCGAGUUUGAAGCAGAAAUUGGGAGGAAAUGGAAGCAAUGGUCCUCAAUCUGGUGUUUGCGUUCCGGCUGCUGUCCCUCCGAUUCAUUUCCCGUGGAUCCCUUUUCCAGGCAUCGCAUUUAGGCCUCAUGGUUCUCCUGUUCCAUUGGUCCCUAUACCUAAAUUAAAGCUUCAGCAGCCUGAAAAUGGUGGAAAGGUGAUGAAAUCUGAAGGCAGGAAGGGUGGGCGUAAGACUAAGAAGGUAGCGAGCAUUAGUCUUUUGGGAUUUCUGUUUGUGAUGCUUACUUGCAGAGUUUUAGUUCCAGGAUUAGAACACAUUUUUGAGGGAAAUAACGAACUUGUGGGAUUAGGGCAAGGUAGAAAUAUGUAUUUUGGAGAUUCUAAUGGUAGGGUUUUGAGUGUUAGUGGUAUUAGUGGUAGCUUGAAUUAUACUAAUGAAGUUAGGUUCAAUGACGCAAAAGCUUUGGGAGAGGAGGAUUUAAACAGAAUGACGAAUAGAAGUUCUCAUGGAAAAAUGGAAUCAGAAGAAAAGCCGCUGCCUUUUGAUGAUCAUUCAUAUUCCCAGAACUCCAGUGAGACUCUUCCUGCUUUAUUGUAUGUUUCGAGAAACGGUAAGCAUGUGAAGAUCAAUGGGAAUUUGAUAAUUAAUUCUGUUCUGGCCAGCGAGAAAGCAGUUUCUCAAGCUAAGUCUAGAAAUCAUGGUGUGAAAUCUGCUUCAAAGGAGGAUAAAGAUACCACCUUUGAGGUUCCUGGAAAUCUUGCUUAUGCACUGGCUUUAUCAAGGUCUGGUAAUGGUGUUAAUAAACAUUCAGAGUCACAUGGUAGCUCAGCUGAGCAGCAGAGAGCACGUUCUUCUGAUUCUGAAGAUCUAUCCAAGGAGAAAACACAGGAUGGUCCUUUGCAGCAAUGGUUCCUGGAAGGAUUAGCAGGUCCAAUAUUCAGUUCUGGCGCUUGCACUGAAGUCUUCCGGUUUGAAAUCUCCCCUUCUUCUGUUGAACAAAGUGGCAUCAUCCCUUCUUCCCCAUCAACUAAUUCAACCAAAACCUCCGGCAUCAACGCAACUGGAACCCUCCAUGGAUCAUCUUCACGUCCUGAAAAGAAGAAGAACCGAAGGUUUCUCUAUCCAAGAGCAAUUCCGCUGGCCGGAACUACUCUGAACAACUCCGAACACUUAGGCAAGGAACACAACCAUUCGAACUCUGCUGCUCCGUUGGUCGUCUCCAUCUUAGCCGAUCCACGGGAAGUCAGCGACAGCGAUGUUGAAGAGAUAAUGUCUGCAAAAAAAUCGAUAUCGCGAAUAUUUGUGGUGGUGCUGCUGGAUAGUGUUAAGUAUGUCACUUACUCAUGUGUUCUUCCUUUCAUGAGCCCUAGUCCUCAUCUUGUAAACUGACUGCUUGGGAGCAGCAGGAAAGGUGGGGGAAGAAAUGAGGCUCUUUUUUGCUUGAAUUGACUAUUAGGUAUGUUAACCCUCUUCCUUUUUGGUUUUUUUGGAUGAUUUUGCACUCAUACAACUCAAUUCUUAGUAAUUUACACAUCUAACACAUGAACUUAUACAUAACGCCUUACCUAUGCCUGAAAGAUGUACUUCAUCUUGUAAAAGUUAAAAUUGCGGUGUU